AAGCUAUGAACGGCUUGAUGAAUGCACCUCAUUCUUUCUUCAUUGGAGUCACUGAAGCAGAAGGGUUUGAUCAAUCCUUCAGGGAGGGAAAGGAAACUUCCUCUCAAGAUUUUGGGUACCGGAGAACUAAGCAUGAAGCUCAACUUCAAAGCUCGUGCCUUCUCGACACAAGCAAAAGAGAAACUUGAAGCUUCAGGAUGUACACUCACUGUGUUGCCCGGAAGGAAGAAAUGGGUUAAGCCUUCGGUUGCAAAGAACCAAGCACGAGCAGAUGAAUACUUUGCCAAGAAGAGAGCUGCAGCAGCAGCAGAAGCAACAACUUCAGAGCCUGCAGCUUCUGCUUAAUA